UGCCGCGGGGACCUGAAAACUCCGGAGCCGCAGUCUCCACGCGGGGCGGCCUGGGAAAGUGACAGUCAGCAGCGCAGUGGCGGGAACCGCAGCCCGGCGGCCCUGGAACCUCCCAGGGCUCACUAAUCACCCAGACCUGUCACCUGUGCAGCAGAACAAAGGGGCCUGGAAGGAGAGAGGAGACAGUGGCUAAGGAUGCAGGGUCUGCUGACAUUCAGGGAUGUGUCUGUGGACUUCUCCCGGGAGGAGUGGGUAUGCUUGGACUCUGCUCAGAGGACUUUGUACAUUGAUGUGAUGUUGGAGAAUUACAGCAACCUGAUCUUUGUGGAGAACUAUUACAUAUGUGAUCCUGUCCAUCACCAUGUGAAGACUGAAAAGGAGUGUUGUCAGUGUAAUGAGCUUGGCAAAGUGCUUCAUGACCCCUCCACAUGUGCACUUUAUAGAAUAAGUGAAACUACAGCAAAGUCUAAUAACUACAGAUGCAGUAAUCACAGGGAUGCCUCUAUUAACUCAUCAAACCCAGAUAGACAUGAGAGCAUGCACAAUGGAGAAGAAUCUUGCCAAGCUAAAGACUGUGAGAAGUCUUUAAAUUUGUGUUCCAACAUUACUGAAGAUCAGAGAGUCUACACUGCAAAGAAAGAAUGCAGGCAAGGAGAAUAUGGUGACUGUUUUAACACUACACACACUCUUUUGCAACAAAAAUUUUCUAUUGGAGAGAAACCACACCGGUGUGGAAAAUGUGGGAAAUACUUCAGUGCUGCCUCAAGCCUCACUGUACAUCAGAGAAUUCAUACUGGAGAGAAACCUUACAAAUGUGGAGACUGUAACAAAUCCUUUAACCAUCGUUCAAAUCUUAGGACACAUCAGAGAGUCCACACUGGAGAAAGACCUCACAGUUGUAAAGAAUGUGACAAAUCUUUUACUAUGUACUCAUAUCUUGUAGCACAUCAGAUAAUUCAUACCGGAGAGAAACCCUACAAAUGUGCAGAAUGUGAUAAGUCCUUUAACCAACGUUCAAAACUUAGAAUACAUGAGAGAGUCCACACUGGAGAGAAACCUUACAGUUGUAAAGAAUGUGACAAAUCUUUUACUAUGUACUCCUAUCUUGCAGCACAUCAGAUAAUUCAUACUGGAGGGAAACCUUACAAAUGCAAAGACUGUGACAUGUCCUUUCUCUGGAUUUCUACUCUUAGAAUACAUCAGAAAAUUCACACUGGAGAGAAACCUUACAAAUGCAAAGACUGUGACAUGUCUUUUAAUCGGUUUUCAAAUCUUAGAAGACAUCAGAAACUUCAUACUGGAGAGAAACCUUACAAAUGUGCAGAGUGUGACAAGUUCUUUACCCACAUGUCAAAUCUUAGAACACAUCAGAGAGUUCACACUGGAGAAAGGCCUUACAGUUGUAAGGAAUGUGACAAAUCUUUUACUAGAUGGUCCAACCUCAGAGCACAUGAGAAAAUUCAUAGUGGAGAGAAACCCUACAAAUGCAAAGACUGUGACAUGUCCUAUAUCCACCUUUCUAGUCUUAGACGACAUCAGAGAGUUCACACUGGAGAGAAAAAUACCUUUCUCAUAAUGGUUCAGAGCUCACUGUGGGGUCAGAUCCGGGGUGCAGCGUCCUCCUGGAUGCAGCUCUGGUCUAGGCUGGCUGCAAGCGUGUGUGGAGUCUGUGCAGAGCGGGUCCAGGGCAGCCUGACAGCUGCAGCUGUGCUGAAGGGACCGGUCUCAAUCUGGGUGCGGAGGGCACGGCGGGUGCCGCGGGGACCUGAAAACUCCGGAGCCGCAGUCUCCGCGCGGAGCGGCCUGGGAAAGUCACAGUCAGCAGCGCAGUGGCGGGAACCGCAGCCCGGCGGCCCUGGAACCUCCCAGAGAAACUCAGAAGAGAAACAGAAAGAAAUGGCUGAUUCUCCAGUAAGCAUGUCCCAGGGUCAGUUGACAUUCAGGGAUGUGACAGUGGACUUCCCUCAGGAGGAGUGGGAAUGCCUGGACUCUGCUCAGAGGGCUUUGUACAUUGAUGUGAUGUUGGAGAAUUACAGCAACCUGGUCUCUGUCGAGAACUAUUGCAAAUGUGAUCCUGUCCAUCACCAUGUGAAGACUGAAAAGGAGUGUUGUCAGUGUAAUGAGCUUGGCAAAGUGCUUCAUGACCCCUCCACAUGUGCAAUUUAUAGAGCAACUGAAAUUACAGAAAACUCUAAUAACUACAUAUGCAGUAACCACAGCGAUGCCUCUACUAACUCAUCAAACCCAGAUAGACAUGAAAGCAUGCUCACUGGAGACGAACCUUGCAAAUCUAAAGACUUUGAGAAACCCUUAAAUUUGCUUUCCAAUAUUACUCAAGAUCAGAGACUCUACACUGAAAAGAAAGAGCACAGACAAGGAGAGUAUGAUGACUACUUCAGCUCUGCAUACAGUCUUUUACAACAACCAAUCUACAUUGGAGAGAAACCAUACCAGUGUGGGAAAUGCAGGAAAUGUUUCAGUACUGCCUCAAGCCUCUCUGUACAUCAGAGAAUUCACAGUGGGAAGAAACCCUACAAGUGCAACAUUUGUGGCAAAUCCUAUAACCAAUGUGCAAAUCUUAGAAUACAUCAAAGACUUCAUACUGGGGAGAAUCCUUACAAAUGCAAAGAAUGUGGGAAGUCAUUUCGACAGUCCUCAGCUCUUAAAAGCCAUCUGAAAAUACAUACUGGAGAGAAGCCUUAUAAAUGUAAGGAAUGUAAUAAAUCCUUUGCCCACCAUUCCAGUUUCAGGACACAUCAGAAAAUCCAUACUGCUGAGGAACAUUGUAGUUGUCAAGAAUGUGGCAGGGUCUUUCAUCAGCUUUCACAUUUCAGACGACAUUACAGACUCCAUAGUGGAGAGAAGCCUUACAAAUGCAAUGAGUGUGACAGAGCCUUUACACACUAUUCAUCCCUUAGAUGGCAUCAGAAGACUCAUUCUUUAGAGAUAUUUUAUAAAUGUGAAGAAUGUGGUAAGUCCUUCCUUGAAUUAUCACAUCUUAAAAGGCAUUACAGAAUCCACACUGGUGAAAGGCCUUACAAAUGUGAGGUGUGUGACAAAUCUUUUACGGUGAACUCAACUCUAAAAACACAUCAAAAAAUUCAUACUGGAGAGAAACCUUACAAAUGUAGGGAAUGUGACAAAUCCUUUACCAAGUGCUCACAUCUUAGAAGACAUCAGAGAGUUCAUACUGGAGAGAAACUUUACAGUUGUAAGGAAUGUGGCAAAUCUUUUCCUGAGUGCUCAACUCUUAGAGACCAUCAGAAAAUUCAUACUGGAGAGAAACCUUACAAAUGUGGUAUAUGUGACAAAUCCUUUAUCCAGCAAUCAAAUCUCAGAACACAUCAGAGAGUUCAUACUGGAGAGAAACCUUACAGAUGUAAGGAAUGUGGCAAAUCUUUAACUACACUCUCAACUCUUAGAGCCCAUCAGAAAAUUCAUACUGCAGAAAAACCUUACAAAUGUAUGGAAUGUGACAAAUCCUUUACCCAUAACUCACAUCUUAGAACACAUCAGAGAGUUCAUACUGGAGAGAGACCUUACAGUUGUAAGGAAUGUGACAAGUCUUUUACUAUGUACUCGUAUCUUAGAGCACAUCAGAAAAUUCAUAGUGGAGAGAAACCCUACAAAUGUAAAGACUGUGACAUGUCCUUUCUCAGGAUUUCUAGUCUUCAAAUACAUCAGAAAAUUCAUACUGGAGAGAAACCUUUCAAGUGCAAAGACUGUCACCUAUCCUUUAAUCAGAUAUCGAAUCUUAAAAGACAUCAGAAACUUCAUACUGGAGAAAAACCUUACAAAUGUCUGGAAUGUGACAAAUCCUUUGCCCACAUGUCAAAUCUCAGAACACAUCAGAGAGUUCAUACUGGAGAGAGACCUUACAGUUGUAAGGAAUGUGACAAAUCUUUUACCAGGUGCUCUUACCUCAGAGCACAUCAAAAAAUUCAUACUGGAGAGACACUUCACAAAUGUGAAAACUGUGACAUGUCCUAUAUCCACCUUUCCAAUCUUAGAAGGCAUCAGAGAGUUCACACUGGAGAGAAAAAUAACUGUUGUAAAUAAUGUGACAUAGCAUUCUUUUUGUAUUCUCAGCUUAUAAAGCCCAACAGUAUACAUAGUAGAAACAUAAAGAUAAGAAACUUGGAGGCACCAGGCAUUGGGGGUGCACACCUGAUGUACGCCUUUAAUCCCAGCACUCAGGAGGCAGAGGCAGGUGGAUCUACAGGGCUAGUUCCAGGACAGGCUCCAAAGCAAUACAGAGAAACCCUGUCUCAAAACACACACACACGCACACACACACACACAAAAGGAGGAGAAGAAAGACAGAAAAGAAAAGAAAAAAGAAACUUGGAGGCUGGAGAAAUGGUUAAGAAUACUGGCUGCUCUCCCAAAGGACUGGGAUUCAAUUCCCACCACCCAGAUGGCAGCUCACAGCUGUCUGAAGCUCCUCUUCUGAGGGAUAUGAUUUCCUCAUACAGACAUACUUGCAGGCAAACACCAAUGUAUACAAAAUAAAAUAUAAAUUAUUUUUUAAAAAAUAGGACUUUGAGGGUACAAAAUUAUUUAUAAAAGAUAAACUUGUAAAAAGCCUUUAAUGAGGGAGCUGGAUGGAUGGCUCAGAGGUUAAGAGUGCUGGCUGCUCUUCCAGAGAACACAAGUUCAAUUCCCAUCAUCCACAUGGGAGCUCACAACUGUCUGUCAUUCUGGUUUCAGGAGAUCUGACACCUUCAUACCAUUGCAAAUAAAAUAAAAAAGUUAAAUAAAUUAUUUUUUUAAAAAAAUAAAAAGCCUUCAAUGAAAUUUUAAAUCUUAUGAAAUGUCACAGAGUUUAUAUCA